UUCUUCUGCGCCUGCGCGGCCCGGGUCACUUCGCUGGCUGCUCCAAGGCUCCCGGUUCGCCGCCAUCUUGUGUUGGGGCUUCAUUGUUCGCGCUGGGCCGGGUGGUUUAGUGUAAUUGCCGCCGAAGCAGGGGGCGGAGUAACCUCUGGUCCGCCGAGAAACCCCGCUAUUUCACAGACAUAGCAGCUCGAAAGAUUUGUGAGGUAGUAAAGGGUAGAGAGCUGGACCCGGAGGCGCCGCCGCGACAGCAGCAGCCAUGGAGGACGAAAUGCCUAAGACUCUAUAUGUUGGUAACCUUUCCCGAGAUGUGACAGAAGCUUUAAUUCUCCAGCUCUUUAGCCAGAUUGGACCUUGUAAAAACUGCAAAAUGAUUAUGGAUACAGCUGGAAAUGAUCCAUAUUGUUUUGUGGAGUUUUAUGAGCAUCGUCAUGCAGCUGCAGCACUAGCUGCUAUGAAUGGGCGGAAGAUAAUGGGUAAGGAAGUCAAAGUGAAUUGGGCAACAACCCCCAGCAGUCAAAAGAAAGAUACAAGCAGUAGUACCGUUGUCAGCACACAGCGUUCACAAGAUCAUUUCCAUGUCUUUGUUGGUGAUCUCAGUCCAGAAAUUACAACUGAAGACAUAAAAGCUGCUUUUGCACCAUUUGGAAGAAUAUCAGAUGCCCGAGUGGUAAAAGACAUGGCAACAGGAAAGUCUAAGGGAUAUGGCUUUGUCUCCUUUUUCAACAAAUGGGAUGCUGAAAACGCCAUUCAACAGAUGGGUGGCCAGUGGCUUGGUGGAAGACAAAUCAGAACUAACUGGGCAACCCGAAAGCCUCCAGCUCCAAAGAGUACAUAUGAGUCAAACACCAAACAGCUAUCAUAUGAUGAGGUCGUAAAUCAGUCUAGUCCAAGCAACUGUACUGUAUAUUGUGGAGGUGUCACUUCUGGGCUAACAGAACAACUAAUGCGUCAGACUUUUUCACCAUUUGGGCAAAUAAUGGAAAUUCGAGUCUUUCCAGAUAAAGGAUAUUCUUUUGUUCGGUUCAAUUCCCAUGAAAGUGCAGCACAUGCAAUUGUUUCUGUUAACGGAACUACCAUUGAAGGCCAUGUUGUGAAAUGCUACUGGGGCAAAGAAACUCUUGAUAUGAUAAAUCCCGUGCAACAGAAUCAAAUUGGAUAUCCACAAGCUUAUGGCCAGUGGGGCCAGUGGUAUGGGAAUGCACAACAAAUUGGCCAAUAUAUGCCUAAUGGUUGGCAAGUACCUGCAUAUGGAAUGUAUGGCCAGCCUUGGAACCAGCAGGGAUUUAAUCAGACACAGUCUUCUGCACCGUGGAUGGGACCAAAUUAUGGAGUGCAGCCGCCUCCAGGACAGAAUGGCAGCAUGAUGCCUAAUCAGCCUGCAGGGUAUCGAGUCGCAGGGUAUGAAACCCAGUGAAAAAGGACUCCAGAAUCUAAAGCCAGUGGCUUAAGGCUACAGGGAGUGUAGUAAAGCCGUUGUUUACUUAAAGAUUUAUCAAAUCAGUCAGUGCAAAUGUCAGAUACAAUGUAUUUAUUUAAAAGAUUCAUUUUUUAAUCAUGAAAUUACUUACCAUCCGCAUUGUUUUAAAAAGAAACAAUACGCUGGAUGUCUGCCAAUUUUUGCCUUCAUUACCUUUUUUGAUAAAGUUUCUCAAAUCCUUGUUUCAAAUACAAAUGCAGGGAUUGCUGCCACUUUUUUAAAAUUGAGGCAGAAAAUUGCACAAUGUUGAACUUUUUUCCACUGAAGUAGUGUGCAGUUCUAGUUUGCAUUCCUGAUAUGAUUUAAAACAUGUAAUAUAAAGAUGUAAAAAAAAAAAGAAAAAAGGAAAACCAAAACUGUGCAGAGUCUAGAAGUUCUUUGUAAUCUUCAGCUUAUGCACAAUUCUAUUUUAGGUUUUUUUGAAAUAGGCAUUGUUUGAGCUGUCCCAUCUCCACUGUUUUCCCUUUGGGGUUUUUAAAUAUAAGUUAUUAGUUUACAUCAUUUUUGUAUCUACAUUUUUUUCACAAAUUUGUCUUGCCUUAUUAAAGUUCUAUAAAGUAUACUUAAAUGGAAAAAAAUGAUCUUUAGAUUGAAAACUUUUCUCAGAUGGAUUGAUAAUUGCAUUCAUCUUGUGUUUUAUAUGAGAAGGUGCCUCAAGAAUUCCCUGUUGAAUUUGUUUAAAAGGGUUUUUAUCUUCUGUGAUAAACUUUGCUGUGUACCAGGAAAUAUAAAAACAAAAACUUGUUACUAAAGAAAAUCUCUGAAAUGUGAUAAGUUCUUAUGAACCCAUGUUAAUUUCAUGUGUCAACUUCUACAUUUACAUGUAUCAUUUCAUUAUGUAAAAUGUUUUAGCAAUUUAAUAUUUUGCACAGUUAGCAAACUUUGUAUGUCAUUUCCUCCUUAAAGGCAUCAUGCAGAGUUGACAGGAGAUUUAUAAGGUUUUGUUUGCAUGUGAAUAUCCAAUACACACUUUGGUAGUCUUUGAAUACAAAGUCAUCUGCUCUUGUUUUUCAAGAACUUUGAGACACAAAGUUUUAUGUAAAGAAAUAUAUUAAUUUGCCAUAUUCUAGUUAUAUUUACUCAAAAAGAGUAAAUCAACUUGAUUUUAAUAUGUACAAAUGAUAGCUGUGAAACUGUAGAAUAUCCUUAUGUCAGGCUUGGAGUUUCUUGUGAACUCCAAAAUUAGCCUGAAUGACCAGCCGGGCAAAGCAUUUUUUAAAUGUUCAGAGGCCAAAAGAUAAACAAACAAAAAACCGUGAAAUCCUACCUCCUUAAACAGCCUUCAAAGAGGAGAAUCCUCAGUGCAAUCAUUACUUUGAUUCUUUUGGUACCUGUUUUCCUGGAGUUCCCAAUUUUAUUAUUUUGGGGUGGCUCCGAGCAUUAAGAGGUUUAAUCUUUGAUGGCAUUGUUCUAGUUUUGAAAUUUCUAGUAUAUUUCAGUCUCUUAGAAGAAUUGUGGGAGAUUUUGUUUUGUUUUGUUUUCAGCGAAAGUCACAAACUCUCCUCUUCUUUGACUCACAAAGGGGAAGGGUCCCCAGUAUACAUAUUUGGAUGCUUCGUUGUUUUUAAGACCAGAGAGCUCCUGGUGUUUUAUUUAGGAACAGAAAAGGCCCAUGGAAUCCUAAGAGUUUCCUGGCCUGUAUCCUCCAGGUAGGAGCAGAUGACUCGAAGCUGGUCUCUAAGCCAAUACUCCUGUAAACCAGAGCCCAGGAAAGACAGCUCAUAAAUGUAUAAUUCUCUGGAGCUCAAUUCUAUGCAGUUGUACUGAUGUUUCAUCAAGUCACUGUGUAUUUUCUAAGUGUUGAUACAUUAAAAGUUGCUUUAUGGAAGAUGAGUAAAUUUUUUAAACACUUGGAAAUUUUAUUUCCUUGUUAAUUAACCUUCUACAGAUCAGGGCAUGCAACCAAAAGCAGCUUAAAUACUCAAAAAAUAAAAUAACAGGAUGCUGUUUUUAGAUUCUUCUGGUUUAUGUUCCUAUUUUAGGACCCUCACUUUUCUCUUAUUCAAAAGUAUUUUAUGUCCUAUACAUCUGUGGAUUGCAGGGUAAAUUAUUUGGGCAUAAAUAAUCCAAGUAAAAGUAUAGUUUUUCUUUCAUCUUGACUAUCUCAAGAAAUAACACUUUUUAUUAGCCAAUAUUUUCUUAUUGCACAAUUCUAAAAUGUACAUUGACUACUUUUUGAGAAGAAAGUAGCAUUACUCAAAGGCUUAUUACUACUGAACAAAUUUGCAAUUCAGGAACAUUGCUAACUUUGCUUUAAAUCUUACUCUCAGUGUUAAAUCAUUUAAAAAAUUUACAGUCUAAAAAUCAUACUGGUAUUAGUAUCAGGUAAGGAAAUUAAAGUUUUUUAAAUGGAUUCAUUCUCUGCAAUAAGCAUUCAGAUUUUACUUUAAAAUACAUCUGGUACUGUAAAGAACCUAAAGUGGUUCACACUUAAUGGGUCAUUAAUCCAGUAUUCUUUGCCCUGACUGUUUGGAUAUUAAAGUUCCUUUAUGUUUUCUAUAACCUUUGGGAUCUUCUUGCAGUGAUUAUUGUGUGUGAGAGAUUUUUUUUUCUUUUUGGUCUAGUCAUAUUGUUAUAUUCACUCAGGUAUUUGUUAGAUUUCUUUUUAAUCUUAUUUCAGAAACCAUGGUUUGCAUUGGGUUACUGUUUGAUACCACAAAGAAUUGCUGUAGAUUUAACUCACUAUGAAAUCAGGAUCUCAUUUUCCUUGUUAAUAUUCUCUCCCUGUUGAAAAUGAGAUUCACAUUCUAGUUUUAUUCUUCUCCUGUUUUGUCCCUGUGCUUACUCAGCUUCCUUUUGUAUGUAUUAGAGUUCUAUUACUUUUGAGAAGGCAGUUGAUAAGGACUAGUUUGCAUACACAAAGAGAGUUAAGUUUACCAAGAGCUACAGGGUGCUCUUGAGGUUACAGUUGAAUUGGAAAAAUAAAAUGUGUUUGUAGGAAAUAAAGAACAAACCCUU